UCCGAAUUUCCUCAGACUCUAGUUCUCAUCCUCAGUUUUGCUCCGUGGCAUCGGCCUCUCAGUGCCACUGCAAAAAAGGAGGGUCUACGUAUUUCGGUGCUAAUUUUUGUAGGGGGUCUACCUGCAUUUCAUUCAUAUACGAUAGAUCACCAUCCCGAUAUGAAGGUCAACGUGUUUUCGCGAUCUGGAAAGGAGAUCGUCAAAGGCGGCCUUCAACUUCCCGACGAGGCCUCCGUAGCAGAUCUCCAGAAAGCCCUUCACAAAACGAAUAAAAAGUGGUACCCGGCAAGACAGCGAUUCACUCUGCCAGCGCCGGCAUCAGGAGCCAAGCCAGUAGUUCUGGACGCCAAAAAGCGGCUCGCGGAUUACUCCACAGGAACGACGCUGGACGUGGUCUUUAAGGACCUCGGUCCCCAGAUCGGCUUUAAGACUGUGUUCUUCUGGGAGUACUUCGGCCCGUUGGUCCUCUACUCGCUCUUCUACUUCUUCCCGCAAGUGUUCUACGUGGAUGCUCCCAAGAGGAAGCUUAAAGAUGUCCAGACUUACGCGCUCAUCUAUUGGACAUUCCACUACACGAAGCGCAUCCUCGAGACGUUUUUCGUCCACCGGUUCAGCCACGGCACCAUGCCGCUUCAGAACCUCUUCCGUAACUGCGGUUACUACUGGACUUUCGCAGCGUUCGUCUCGUUCUUCGUGAACCACCCGCUGUACACGCCCGUCAGCGACACCCAGAUCAAGAUCGGAUUCGGCAUCGCUAUUGUCAACCAGCUCUCCAACCUCUACUGUCACAUCAUUUUGAGGAACUUGAGGUCCGACGCGAGUGCGGGGUACCAGAUCCCCAAGGGCUUCCUGUUCAACUUCAUCACGUGCGCCAACUACACGACGGAGAUCACGGCGUGGCUGGGGUUCAACAUCGCCACGCAGUCCGUCGCCGGCUACCUCUUCAUGCUCGCCGGCGCCAUGCAGAUGGCCGAGUGGGCCCUCGCCAAGCACAAGCGCCUCGUCAAGCUCUUUGAUGGCAAGGAAGGUCGUCCCAAGUACCCUAGGCGCUGGAUCAUGCUCCCACCCAUCUUCUAAGCACACCUGUCUUUCAAGCGCAAGCUUCUAAGCGUGUUCUUCUAAGCACACGCUUCGAAGUGCGUGCUUUAAGUGCACACCCACCAUUUGAAGUUCAGAAUAGGGUAUGGUAGCUCCUCCAGUGCUGCAUUGGCUGGUAAAGUCAAGCAUGCAGGGUAACCCACAGUAGAAAAAAGGUAGUUUGGCACCGAGUUUGUGCAUCCCAUACUACCGUUGGUUUAACUUGACAUUGGUUUUACAUCUGUAGCUGACAUUGCACUUACAGAUUGCUGUACAUGAGCUGACUUUACAUCCAUCU